AUGGAACGAAUGAGCACUCUUCCGACUAUCAAGUGUUCAUCUUGCGCGGUGGACAUAGAUAUCCUUCAUUUAGCCGAUCAUGUUUGCGCUGCGGCACCCCCAUCGGCAACGACGGUUCCCGAGCCUAUGUCCCCCACCUCAACUGUCUCUCCAGAAUCCCCACCCUCUUUAGUCUCGCCGAAGCUCAGUCGUGCAGCAACUUUUGGUGGACCAACUUUUAGCAACAGAUCGGACCAGCCAACACAAUCGGGUCGCAUGCCUCCCCCUCCACGAAUCGAUUCAAAUGCAGCAAACAAGCCAUUUCGACCGUUGGAACCAUCACCAAUGACUAACCAAAGAGACCCCAGAAGCCGCCCUCCAGGUCUGGCACCGCCUAGGUCUCCGUUUAAGAUGAAUCGCAGUGUGACAAGCCCUGUCCCACGAUCGAUGGCGCCUCCAUCGCCCGAUUACAGCUCGAACUUGGAUAGUGCCUUCCCACGAUUUCCCUCCAAGAACAGUACCCCCAAAAGUGCCAAACCUGGACCGCGAGAACGCUUAGAGCCCUAUCAACAAGACUAUGCUCAACCGAGCCCCCUGUUUGCGCCGCUAAGCCCACGGUUCGAUGGUGGUGAAAACGUCACCAAGCGCAUGAAUAGCAUUGCGCCAGGACCAUUUGACGGAACGGCAGAUCGCAGGCCAAGCACGGCGAGCGCAACAAGACCAUUUGCGGAAGAGGGACAAGCACUUGGCCAUAGGAGGACAGGCACAGACGACAGUAUGGGGAGCAAUAAGAGCGUGCCAAAACAGCGUGGAUCUGUAGCAUCGAACGCGUCACGAAGUUCGGCAUACUCCAACCGCAGCAUAGGCCUUCCCGCACGCCCAAAGCCGGGCAUGGGCGGUACUAAUGCUCUGCCACCGCUACCAGCCACAUCCGAGCAGGCCGAAGGUAUUGAUGCUUUCCUGGACCGAUUGCAGAAGGAAUCUACGAAGCCUUCCCAGGCACCUCAGGAGAACGUGGCAAGAGCGAAUCCGUCACGACAGAAUAGUAGGGAAAGGAGAACACCCCCACCAAGGCCUAGGAGACCGUCAGAGAAAGAUCUUCCACCAUCUGAUAUGACCGAUCUGGAACCUCCGGAGUUCAUGCCUCCUUCGAACAACAUGUUCUCUUCUCGAGGUUCAAGCCGAAGUGGUUCAGAGAGCGAUAUGCCAAGAGGCCUCGCGCCGUCUCACGCUUUACGUCCGCCGCCACUAGCAUCUUCUGGGCUCGGUGAUGCGUCCUUGAAUGCGCUUCACACGCCUUCGGACUCUGGCUUCUCGGAUGAUUCAUAUGCUAGCUCUGGCUACCGAAGCAUAGCAAGCUCAAGGUCAAGCCCACCUGAAUCGGAAGCUGCGCACUCACGCCAAGCCUCCAAGAUUAGCCGUCCUAGCAACAUUGUUGAGGAAAGUGUUGAAAGAAGCGCAAGUCCAGAGUCCUAUGCUGAAGCACGGCCUGUUCGAGCACCUAGGAGCUACAUGAGGCCCGAUGGUGCGGAGCCAUACCCACGUGCACUCUCACCGGGAUAUCGCCAGGACACAUUUCCGCCCGGAGGAUAUGCAAGGUAUCCAGAGUCGCCAAUGGAUCCCGCCAUACAGAUGGGCGCCCCGAUGCCACGCGACAUGUUCGAAAGAGAGCCGAUAUCUCCGCAGGACCCAGCGCAAGUCAAUGUAAGCCCACCAAGACAUAUGGCUGAUCCCGAACCUCAGCAGCAAGAAGUGCGCCGGCCCAAAGCUGCUAGCAAAGGCAACUGUCGCGGGUGCUCUGAACCGAUCAUUGGAAAGUCCGUGAAAGACUCUUCUGGUCGCCUCACUGGACGCUACCAUAAGCACUGUUUUGUCUGUAGAACGUGCGCCGAUCCGUUUCCGACAGCGGAGUUUUACGUCUUCGAGAACUCGCCAUAUUGCGAACAGCACUAUCACAAGCUCAACGGAUCAUUGUGCAACGCCUGCAACCGCGGCAUCGAAGGCCAAUACCUCGAAACGGACUUGCGCCAAAAGUUUCACCCACGAUGUUUCACGUGCACGACCUGCCGCAUCGUCCUCCGCGAUGGUUACUUCGAGGUCGCUGGCCGGCGAUACUGUGAUCGACAUGCGCAAAGUGCCGCAGCUCCCCCGAGGAGUAACCUAGGCCCGGGCAAUUACAGACCGCGAAAUCUCCAAAAGCGUGGUACAAGACUCAUGAUGAUGGCGUGA